AUGGCCGAAUCCCAGCUUUUGGGGCAGUGCAAGAUCUGUAUCGUCUGCUCCAAGGAUUUGGACGAAGACGCCGCAAAACAGUUGGCUGUCUUGAUCAAGCAACACGGCGGCGAGAUCAUCAUUCAUGAACCGCCCUCGACCUUCCCUCCGAUCCACGAAUUCACUCAUAUCAUCUCGUCCACUUCCGACUUUCCCGCAUACCAAAAUGCCUGUGACGCCCUGAUCCCCGUCGUGAAGCCCCAAUGGCUGCACGUCUCGAUCUCCAGGGGGAAACUGGCCAAUCCGCGCCAAUACAGCCCGGAUCCGAGACUGUUUUUCAGCGAUGUGGUCGUCACCUGCGGCGAUAUCCCCGAAGGCGAUAAGGAUGCGAUCAUCGGCGGCGUUUUGGCCAUGGGCGGUCUUUACUCCCCAAAGGUUACUUCACAGGUGACACAUCUGGUAGAUCUAAGCGUGGAAUCAGACAAGGCAAAAAUGGUUCUGGCGAAGAAGUUGAAUACUAAGAUAGUGUUACCGCAUUGGUUCGACGAUUGUCUGAAACUCGGAAGGAGGAUUGACGAGCGCCCUUACACCCUUCCUCAUCCUGAGAUCCUCCAUGCUGGACCAGACGCGCCCAUUCGCACCCCCGACAAUAAAGAUAUCAAAGGGGCUUCCACCCCAGAGCCCACUGGUUUGCCGACGCCGGCUAAGUCGCCUCACAGCACUCGGGUCUUGAAUGUCUUUGAGGGAAAACACAUCAUGCUUUCGUCAGACCUGGGCAUUGGAUCGCAUCUGCUCGCUUCCAUUGAAGAUCUCAUUCGACAAGGGGGAGGUGUGGUCACCAAAGACCUGAAGAAGGCAGAUAUGUUCAUCUGUCGUUAUCGGGAGGGUGUCGAGUACCGAAUGGCUUCAAGGUGGAACAAGGAUGUUGGCAAUUUAUCCUGGCUCUAUCACCUCAUCACGCAUAAUACGUGGACAUCCCCGCUGCGUCGGCUACUGCAUUAUCCAAUCUCUCGCACUGGGAUUCCCGGGUUUAAGGGCCUCAAGAUCAGUCUAUCCAACUACGCUGGCGAAGCGCGAGCUUAUCUUGAAAACCUCAUUGUGGCUACAGGCGCUGAGUGCACCAAGACUCUAAAGCAGGACAACACCCACCUUGUGACCGCUCACGGUAACAGUGAGAAGUGCACUGCAGCCAAGGAAUGGGGUCUGUGCGUGGUCAACCACCUGUGGCUGGAGGAGAGUUACGCAAAAUGGAAGCUACAGCCGGUCUCUGACCCGCGCUAUACACACUUUCCCCGGCGGACCAAUCUCGGGGAGGUGGUUGGCCAGACCGAGCUGGACAAAACAGUGCUUGAAGAACUUUUCUUCCCGGCAGAUAAUCCUCGUGAAGAAACAAGAGUGAUGCAGCAGAAGUACCAGAAUGUCGCAGCCGGAUCCGACAAUGUCUCCGUGAAUCCAUCUAAGCCCAAAACUGUCAAGCAGUCAGCCAAAGCCACUCCUGCUUCGGAGGAGCCCGCUGCACCAACUAGCAACACGUCCCGCAAAGUGUCAGCGGUGGUAGAGGUGAAGACGCCAGCUGCUGCACGAUUUGCGGCGGACGGAAAGGAGAAUGACACGCCAUCCACCACCGGUAGUCGGAAGUCAAAGGAAGCUGCAGCAGCUCGGCUUCAGGAAAUCGCUCCUGACAUUGCAUUAUACGAAAAGGAAAAGAGGCGGGUUGGCGGAGUCAUUUAUGGCGGCCGACGGAAAAAUGACGAGGACUUGGUUAUUCCAAAUAGCAAGAAGCGGAGAUCAACCGAACCUCAAGACGCGAGUGAGAUGGACGACAAGGCCGAGGCGAAACGGCAGAAGAAGGCCAAGCCUCCAGUGACGAUCCACUUACUCAUAACUGGGUACCAGAAAUGGGUUGGUAAUCUGAAGAAGGAGGAUGCAGACAAGCGACAACUCCGUGAAUUGGGUAUCUCAGUCGUUCAAGAUGCCAAAAAAUGCACUCAUCUCGCCGCUCCCUCUAUCCUACGUACACCAAAGUUCGUCAAUGCCUUGGCAUAUGCUCCUGUCAUCGUCAAUGACGAAUUUGUGACCCAGUGUCUUGCCAAGAACCAACUGCUUGACCCAGCAGACUUUCCGCUUGUCGACAAAGCUGCUGAGAAGAAAUUCGAUUUCUCUCUAGAGGAAUCGCGUGCCAGAGCCCAGGAAAACAAGAAUAAGCUCCUGCGGGGCUAUCGGGUGUGCUGUGUGGAGACGAUCCGUGGGGGAUUCGAUGCGUUCAAAUCCAUCGUUGAGGCGAAUGGAGGGGAAUGUACGCUGUUCCGCGGGCGGGUCUCGAUGAACGAAUCUCGCCCUCGGACGAACACUGACGACGAAGAGGACGAAGGGAAUUACCCUGAGAAAAACGAAGUGUACCUUCUCAGUGGCGUGGCACCCGAGCAGGUCAAGUUGUGGCCUCGAUUCCGUCAGAUGGUGCAGGACGUUGGGAAGGUGCCCCGGAUUGUGAAUGUGAACUGGCUUCUAGAUAUUGCCAUGUCACAGGAGAUCCGUUGGAAGGAUGAAUAUGAGUUGAAUGAGCAGAGCGUGACCAACGGAUAG